AUGUGCCAAGACCGUCUCCUAAAGUUGAUUCAGCUGCGGGAUCGGGGCACCACCAGUAAAGAGCUUGCUCAAGAAUGGCAGCAGGCAGCUGACAUCGGGCGCCAGUUGCAAGCUGACAUCAGGCGCCAGUUGUACGGUGUUUCCUCCGACACAUUGGUGCGGCUGACUUCCGGGUUAAGCGAACAAUGUAUUAAGAAACAAUGCGGCUUGGCAGGGUUGUGUUUCGGAGGACGCAUGGCUCUACACCUUCGCUUCUCCCGAGGCCGAGUCUCCCUAGCUGUCUCUAACCUGGAUGUGGAGAGUAAGCUAACAGUGCACUACCAGGCCCCAUGGCACCAGCACCACAACGUGUUUCACCCCUGCAGCCGGCCGCCAUGCGUAGAGGAGCUCCACAGACAUGCCAAGCAGAGCCUGCGAGCCCUGCACAGAGACCAACAGCAACGUCAACGGUCGAACAGCCGCGAGCGCAGAGUGACCAUCUCCAUCUCUGGGGCUCCUCCAAUGCCCACCCUCCCUUCCCCACGCACCCUCAGACGGCACGAGCAGAGGGGCAGGCACAGCCGCGCGCAGGCGAGACCAGAGAGAGAGGUAGAAUAUCAACUGCGGAAGUAUGACCGUACCCGCUCCCCCUCCCCCACUGAAUGUUGCCUCUUCACCCCAUGGACCAGAAAGGCUGCCACUACCACUGACCCUGAUGCUGAGCCUGCAGUGGGCCACAGGUCUACUGGUGCUAUCCCCAACCCCCCCUCCACACUGGACAAGCAGACCAACUGGUCCAAGGCCCUGCCUCUGCCCACCCCUCAGGAGAGGAUGAAGAGUGACCCAGCAGUCGUGUCCUCGUGCAUCAUCCCCAUCAACGUCACUGGGGUGGGGUUCGACAGGGAGGCUAGUGUGCGCUGCUCCCUGGUACACUCCCAGUCUGUGCUGCAGAGGAGGAGGAAGCUGAGGAGGAGGAAGACCAUCACCGGGAUCCCCAGACGAGUUCAACAGGACAUGGACUCUGAUGAGUCUCCAGUGACGAGGGAAAGGACAGUGGUGGUCCACACCAACCCUCACCUGUCCCUCUGUCAGGAGGAGCUGUCCCUCCGAGGGGGACACACCAAGGACUCCGGCUGCCAGACGGACGACUGCCUGACCGGUGGCGGUGGCGCCCCAUCCAGGAGACGUAUACGUGCCCAGCGCGGCGGCCAGGGGGGAAUCCCCGCCUCCCUCUCCCACUCCACCGGGAACAUCUCCUCGCUCCCCGACCACCCUGACACCGCCAUGUACACCGCCUCCGGCUCUCGCCUCCGCUCCCGCAGCCUCCCCCGCGAGGGCGGCCGCAUACGCGACGAGGACCAGGACGACAGUGACGAAGAUGAGGAUGAUGAUGACGACGAUGACGAUGAAGAUGAGGAGCUCUCUCCAUACGAGACGGAGGACUUCCUCCCGGGAACGGGGCCAAGGAUGUUAAAAGACGAGGAGGAGAGUACGGAUGACCAGGCCAUGCCAGAGCUGCAGCUGGGGAGUCUGAAGAGGAUACAGCAAGGAGACGAGGGGAGUCCAGAACACAUGUGGAUGGAGAGGGGGCGCUCCCGCCUCCCCCGUCAGGUCGACAUGGGGAACUGUGAGAUCUCCUCCAGCUCAGACACCUUCAGCAGCCCCAUCCACUCUGUCUCUACGACGGGGGUGCUGAGAGGACAGAUAGACCACAAGGAGGACCACCAGUCGUCCAGUGGUAACUGGAGUGGCAGCAGUUCCACAUGCCCCUCCCAGACCUCUGAGACACUCCCCCCCGCCGCAUCCCCCCCUCUGACCGGCUCCUCCCACUGUGACUCGGAGCUGUCGCUCAACGCCGCGCCGCACGCCAUCGAUGACCUCACCGGCUUUAUCAUCGACCCGUACCAUUCAGAUCAGCCACAGGGCCAGGGUCAUAGGUCCAGCUCCUUCACCUCCUCAGCCACUGACCAGCUGGAUGAUGCAGGGGUCAGUACUGCCAGCGAGGGAGAGUGGACCUACCCUCAAGACCAGGCUGAUCAGGACCAGCUGUGUAGUCAGGACUUCAGCCCCAGGCGUUCGUCCAGGGGGGACCAGACCAGGAUAGACUUCACCAGCAUCAGCACCUACGACGGCUUCUCAGACCAAGCUCCCCCUCCUGCUGCAGCAGACUCCCAGGGCUUCUACUCAUCCUCCAUGCACGUUGACUCCAUGCAGGGCCAGAGUUACAGGAGCUACAUGUACAACUAUGCAGCAGUGGGCUCUGGCGCUGACUGUGGCCAGGGUAAUACUGUGGGCGCUACGCCUGGUGAGGGAGAGGGCAUGGCUGGGUAUCCUCCUCAGUCCUCUGACUACAGGGGAGCCACCAUGACGCUAGGGAGACCGUGUCGUCCGCUGAAGAAACCAAAGGUCAAACCACCCCCACCAAAACGGAGCUCAUCGCUGAAGGAGACGUGUAGCGCUAGUGCUCCAGAGAACGUCCCCCCUGAGCAGGGCGAUGAGCAGGGCGAUGUGCAGGGCGAUGAGCAGGGCGAUGAGCAGGGCGAUGAGCAGGGCGAUGAGCGGGGCGACCAGGACCAACCAAAGAUUCAUAGUAGUGGGCAGACCCAGACCCUGAACCUGCCCAUGUCUUCCAGAGACAGAGAGAUGAGGCUGCAGCUGGACAUGGCCAGCCCAGGGGAGGUGGAGAGUCCUGGGUUGGAGGCUGAGGCAUUGGGUGGUGGUGGUGCCUGGGGGAUGGGGAGCCCCAGGAGCCCCAGGACUGUGGAGAUGACCGAGCCCACCUCGUUCGGGUCCACUGACACUCACUCCUUCAAGGACGAGGGCGCCGUUCAGUCUGACUAUGCAGACCUCUGGUUCCUCAACGACUUGAAAUCCCAAAAUAACCUGGACCCCAACGGCUCCUUGUCCAACUCCAGCACUGCUACGGGUACUACUGUUAUUGAAUGCAUCAAGUCGCCAGUGGGCAGCUCCUCCUCUCCCGGGGGAGAGACCCAGGCGUUGAUGCAUUCCUCCGGCUCUGGUUCCAGCUCCUCCAGGCCCACCUCCCCUCCUCUUCCCCCCGGGGAUGGAGACUUCAAGCUGGGCUCUCCUGAGAAGCUGGCUGGCCUCGCCUCGCCCUCCAGCGGAUACUCCAGCCAAUCCGAGACGCCCACGUCUUCAUUCCCAUUAGCGUUCUUCCCCGGCCCGCUCUCUCCGACCAGCGGGAAACGGAAACCCAAAGUCCCCGAGAGGAAGUCUUCUCUAUCCUCGCUGCAGCACCAGGCCCAGACCCAGUUCUCUAGCUCGGCCUCUGGAUCCUCCUCUUCCUGUUCCUCUUCCUCUUCCUCGUCAUCCAGGAAGGACUAUGACUUCCCGGCUCCACCCACCCAGCUGGACUUAAGUUCUCUUCACAGCGCCCAUGGCAGCCGGCCGUUACCCACUCUGGCCCACCGGACCCACAUGCACACGCUGCACCAGAACAAGCAGAGGGCAGCAGCAGCAGAGGCCCGGGCCACCGCGUGUAACACUGCAGCCGCUAACGCUAAUGCUAGUGCUAAAGCUAGUGCUAACGCUAAAGCUUGUGCUAACGCUCACGCUAGUUCUAAUGCUAACGCUAGUGCUAGUGCUAACGCUAGUGCAGCCCCCUCUGUGUUUAUCAAUGGAUCCACUCUGACUCCAGAGGCCCCACUUGCUGCCAACCCCAUGGCCCUGGCCAUCACCCCCACUGUGCUGCGCUCCGUCCAGCUACGUUCCAUCGGCCACAGGGCCACCGAUGGUUCUCAGCCCCAGGCCCGGGGCCAGGCUCAGGGUGCUCAGGGCCAGGAGCCUCCACCACCUCCACAAGCAUGGGCCCACGAGGCUUCAGGGGCCCCUGCCACCAGACCCAAGAUGCCCAGUGUAACCAUCGUGACCCCCCACUCUGACACCAACACCAGGCCCCUGCCACCCAGGAGACCCAUCGCCCAUAAACCCCCACCACCACCGACCCAGGACCCCCACCACCCUUCUCAGGAGCACCACCACCACUCUGUACCCCAGCCCCAGCACCACCCCACCCCCAUGCAGCACCCGGACGGCCCCCCGACCUAUGAGAGCCUGGCCAGGCACCGGCAGGACCGCUACAGCCCCGGAACCUUCUGGGCAAUGACGGCGUUCCGGACGCGCCCUGCGGAACCUUUGGAACUUGAGGAACCCACGCACCGAGCGCCACCGCCAACUCCAGAACCCGUGAUUCCUACUACACACCCGGAGUGCCACGUGCUAGAGCGGAUAGAGGACGAAGAAGACGAGGAGGAGGAAGAGCACGAUAGAGAGAUAUCAAGGGUUAUGAGUCACAGUCAAGGCCUCAUUAGAGAAUAUCGAGAAUAUCAUCAAAGAGAUCAUCCAAGGGAACCACCGACGUACGAGACGCUAGAGGAGUCCCACUCAUAUCAGUCCCAGUCACAUUAUCACAGCCAGUCACAGACACACUCCUGUCACAGUCAAAUGGUCCAGAGGUGGGACUUGGGCCCAAGCAGCGGUCCUGACAAAGUGCCCGGUGUAACGAUGGAAGCAUCACACCCUUACUCAAUCAGCCAUGUGAUAGAUCUAAGAGGUCGGAGUGGAGAGGACCGCUAUGAGAUGACAUCAUCAGGGGUUCCUACCAGAAGUGCCUCUCAGGAUAACAGCAGAGAUGACUCCACCACACCGGACACAGAGGACUACUUCAGCAAAGAGUCUACUAGUCCCAGUGACAACUCCCUCUCUCCUCUGACUGACGAAACAACCAAACCUGAUGAUGAUGUUGUCUUCAUGUCGCCCAGCAAAUCACGUACUACUGAAGACCUGUUCGCCAUGAUCCACAGGUCCAAGAGAAAAGUCCUGGGCCGUAAGGACUCUGGAGAGCUGAGUGGGAAGAGCCGUCUGUGUCCUCCUCGCGCCGUCGUUCCACCUGCAGCUAUCCUCCCAGCCAUCCCUCCUCCGCCCCCUCUCAUCAUCCCCCGCCCCGCCCUCUCCACCCUGACCGCGGCCGGGACCCAGCGCACCCCAGGACCCAUCUACCGCAGCGCCAAGAAGUCCAGCACCUCCAACGAGGAGUUCAAGCUGCUUCUCCUGAAGAAGGGCAGCCGGACUGAUUCCAGCUACCGCAUGUCUGCUACAGAGAUCCUCAAGAGCCCCAUUGCCCCUAAGUCCCCUGGGCACCCCUUGGCUGCUGAGGGCCAGGUCAGGUACACCACCGAGGAGCCCCCCUCUCCCCUGCAGGAGCCAUCAUUGCAGGCGGCCGGGGAGCGACUCUUCCCCCCCAGCCUCUUCCCCAGGCCCAGUUCAGACAGCUUCAGCCCUAAAACACCCCCCACGUCGGCUUCGUCCAGACAGGGGCGUUCCCGGAUCCCCCCUGCAGCCAAUAGUAGUCGCUACAGCACCCGUAGCCGACUCUACACGGCACCCAUGCAGGUCAUAUCAGAGGGGGAGACUGAGAACUCAGAUGGGAGUCCCCAUGAUGAUCGCUCCGCGUAAUGAUCGCUCUGCUCAGUGCAGAAACAUGUACCCUAAUCCUUAUUUGGUGUGCUACUUUUGACCAGGGCCCAUAUAAGGAAUAGGGUGCCAUUUGGGACGUAGACAUAUUUAUAUGGAUCUGGUUCAGUGCUGUUACUGUUCUUAUCUACUGAGUACUGACGGAUACACAACUCAACAAAGAGGGUAUAACCAGAGAGAAGACGACUCUGGACUACCUGCCUGGGGGUUUGGUAUCUUGGUGCAGAACUGAAGAACACAACUUUGUGUUUUGUUCAGAGUGUAAAGAAAGAAAAAAAAUGUUCUUGUUUUGAACUUUGAACUCCCUUUUUAAAUAACCCAAGAUCCUGUAUUGAGUGAAACGUGGACAAGAAGAGAAAAAUGGAGCGGUAAGACAACCUGUGUGUGUGUUGGAGCAAAUGGACAUCCAUCGUAAUUUUUUAUCUUCUUGGAUGUUGGAUGACUUGUAUGUCGUGUCCUAACGUGACCCUAAAAUAACUGCUUUCCGAAAGAAUUGCAUUUCUCUCUACACUUACCCAGAGGACAGGUCAUUAUUUCAACCAUAAACAAAAUAUUCCCAGUCGACAAAAAUGAAUAAGCUAUAUGUUUUGUAUUGCUACCGC